AUGGCGAACGAAGUAGCUCACGCACCGAACAAAACAUGGGAACUGAGCCUGUACGAGCUGCACAGAACUCCGCAAGAAGCCAUAACAGACAACACGGAGAUAGCGGUGUCGCCGAGGAGUCUGCACAGCGAGCUAAUGUGUCCAAUAUGUCUGGACAUGCUGAAGAACACGAUGACGACCAAAGAAUGUUUACAUCGCUUCUGUCAGGACUGCAUCAUAACCGCUCUCCGCAGCGGAAACAAGGAAUGUCCGACAUGUCGUAAGAAGCUCGUCUCCAAGAGAUCGCUGAGGCCUGAUCCAAACUUUGAUGCUUUAAUUUCUAAAAUAUAUCCCAGCAGAGACGAGUACGAAGCUCACCAGGAAAGAGUGUUGGCCAAAUUAAACAAACACCACAGCACGGCAGCACUUACCCACAGUAUUGAAGAGGGGUUGCGGUUACAGGCCCUGAACCGAGCACAGCGAGCCCGCAAACAUGUGUCGGAAGGCGAUCUCGGUAGGUCGUUGCUUAUGCCACCGAUGGAUGGAAUUAUUUCUGGCGGAACGACUUCCACAGAUACAACGCCACGAAAGAAGCUGAAAGCAUAUUCGGAUAUUGAUGAGUCGAGUUGUGACAAUUCCCUUGUUGGGGAGCCCAUUAUAAAUGACUUUGGAGAAGCUGCUAGCAAUAUUAGUACCAGUAAUUUGUCCAAUGUUAGUAAUGACGUAUCGGAAGAACAUUUUGCCCAUGGCGAACAACAGCCGAGUCCAGACACCCCAGUAGCUUUAGAACAGCCAUGUGUUCCUGUCAUUGAAAGAACUGUCCCUGAUAUUGAGCUCGUUUUCAAGCCACAUCCACAAGAGGGAGAUUGUGAUGCGGAGGAGGCUCGAUACAUUAAAACUACUGCUAAUGCUACAGUGGACCACUUAUCAAAAUACCUUGCUAUUCGUCUAUCGCUGGAAUUACAUAAUUCAGAUGAUGAAGCUGAACAUGACGUAUAUGCAAUCUACAUUGCCACUGCCCCAGGUAGCUACGUGCCCUUAAAUGGUGACAUGACCUUGGAACAGGUCAACGAGCGGUACUGGAAGAUCAACAGACCCCUGGAAAUGUUUUAUUUGCAGGUCAAAUCAGGGGACGCAACUGCACAGAAAUAAACAACACUAUUUCGUGAAAUGUAUUUUUACACUUUGUUAUGAUCAUAUGAUGAGCGGAACUAUUGGGCAUUUCAGUAUGGAUGACAUUGUAUUGAUGUAUUUAGUUAAUCAUGUCGUGUUCAUUAGAUACAUAUUUUCAUUGCUUGUCUGAGGUGGAUUAUGCUGUGGUAAAGAGCUGAUGAAUCCAUUAAUGAAUUUAUAACAUUGUCAGUCUUUACCAGGAAAGAUGAGUGAUCAUUCACACUUCCCUCCAUGCUCGCCUGGAAAGUAGUAAAAAGUUUAUCGCCAUACAAUAAAUAAAGAAUAAUACAUGAGUGGGCAUUAGAUACCAUUUAUCUCACAACAAGUUGUUUUAAAAUGUAUCUAACGAGAAAAAGCGAGUUUAAUACGUUUUUAAACGAGUUAU